AAUGCAGAGAGGCUGAGACUGGUGGGUGGUGAGCACCGAUGUGAGGGACGUGUGGAGCUGUACCUAAACUCUGGAUGGGGCACAGUGUGUGACGAUGCCUGGGACCUUCCUGAUGCCCAGGUCGCGUGUCGCCUAGUGGGCUGUGGAGAGGCCACAAAGGCUUGGGGAGAAGCUCACUUCGGACCUGGAACAGGAACAAUCCAGAUGGACAAUCUCAAGUGCACUGGUUCUGAGACGUCCCUGCUGAGUUGCUCCCAUAUAUCUUGGAAUGUACACAACUGUAACCACUCUGAGGACGCUGGUGUUACGUGCUCACUGUCGUGAUUUCAGUGCAGCACACUUCCAUCUCCACACUGGGUUAAGUACAACAUAGGAAUUGUGUACAUCAUGUAAAUUAUUGCUUUUUAUAUUGCUGCAGGAAUACCCCACUUUUGACAUAAUACAAAACAACUAAUGCAACUUGAUAUAACUCAUAUAAUAACCAUCUGUCUAUUAAGCACUUUAUACAUUAUUUUAAGAUAAAAUUUUAUGUAUGCAUUUUUUGUUAAUUGAGAAAAAAAAGUUUUUCUUUUUAGUAUUUACUGUAUGCCAUAAUUUCAUCAUCAAGUAAAGAUUUUUCCAAAGAGGUCCGUGAAUUUAAAGUAGACAUCUGGACUUUUUUUAUCUGACGGCACCAUAUAGAGGCUGAAAAUUGUAUUGCACCUUAAGCCCCUCUCGCUGCUUCAGUCAUUAUCACUGUAACAAAACCUCUCAUAUGUGAAUGUGCACCUUUAGACAAAACACACUAGAGCUAAAACACACAGUUUUACAGGUAUUAGUCUCACGUUACAUUGAGAAAUGUCAUCAACUCUGCAUCUGUCUGGGUGCGUAAAAUGCUCUGUGAUUGACAUCUGUAUGUAAGCGGAUGUCUAAUGUCAUUGGCUAAUGCUGAGUGGCGCUCAAUUCAAAUUGCAUGGGGCUUUAUGGAACAGAGUGACUUAGCAAAAAAAAUGAUGCGUUGACUGCUUGUCACAG